CUGUCUUAAAAAUAAAAAACAGAGCAACAUUCUGAAAAAAUCACUCUCCCCCAAAUCAAAUGGGCUGCGUCUCGUCAAAGCUGGUAGCUAAACAAAUUCAGGAGGAAAGAAAAUCGCUCAGAAAUGCCGACUACGCACACCACGUCGUCUCCCUCACUUCAACCACCUACGGCGCUCUCUCCUUAGACAAAGCAAAGGUUCAAAUUCCGGUUGCGGAGGAGAAAGAAUGCGCGGCGAGGAAAUCAUCGUCGUCGCCGGUCCGGGAAGAGCCGGCGGAGAUAAUCAACGCGUGGGAGCUCAUGGAGGGUUUGGAGGAGGAAAUCGCCGUCGCCGUCCAAUCAAAAAAAAGCCCCAAAUCGAAGCUUUUUAGGGAUUCAAUGAGCCCUAUGAAGUUCCUGGCUUCUCCGAGGAAGGCGAAGAAGGCGGCCGCGGGGAAGGAGAAUAAGGGAAUUAGGUCAAUUGAAAAUAGCCCCAAACCGAUUUUGAAGGAGAACAAUGCUAACAACAAUCACAGCGUGAAGAAGCCCUCUCCGAAGCUGUGGGCUUCGAUCAAGAAAUCCGAUAGCUCGAGAUUCGAUUCAGGUGUCGUUGCGUCGUCGAGGAGGAGAAGCCUAGAGCCGCUGUUCGAUCCCGAUCUCGUGGCCUCUCUAGAGAGAGAGGUGUCGGAGGAGGAAGAAGAGCUGAUGAACAAGAACAAGAGCAAGGCCACGUCGGGAAAUUCGAAUGCGUUGCUCGAGUCUUACGCGAAGAAAUGCCCUCCCGGGGGCGAGAAUGCGGUGGUGAUCUACACGACCACGCUGAGGGGGAUCAGGAAGACGUUCGAGGAGUGCAACGUGGCGAGGUCCACGAUCGAGUCGAGGAAUGUGGAGGUUGUGGAGCGGGAUGUGUCGAUGCACUCGGCGUUUAAGGAGGAGCUGAGGGUGCUGAUGGGGAGCCAGGAGGUGAGGGUGCCGUUGGUGUUUGUGAAGGGGAGGUUGAUUGGCGGGGCGGAGGAGAUGGUGAGGCUGGACGAGGAGGGCAAAUUGGGGAUUUUGCUCGAGGGGAUUCCCGAGGCGGCCGGGGGCGGGUGCUGGCGGUGCGGAGGGGUGAGGUUUGUGAUGUGUGUGGAGUGUAGUGGGAGUUGUAGGGUUGUUGGGGAGGAUGGGAGGAAGAGUGUUAAGUGUGGCAAGUGUAAUGAGAAUGGCCUCAUUCAGUGCCCUAAAUGUGUGUAAGUUAUCUCACUUGCUGUUUAUGUAAGGAUUAAUUUGAUUGCAAUUUUGCAUUCUAAUAUGUAUUUUAGGGUGUAAUUUGCAAGCUUCAUGAAGUGUGUCUUUUUGUGCAUUGAUUGUCUUUUGUUGGAGAAAUGUAUACUUAUUGACAUUGAUAUGGGGAUUGAUAGUGACAUGACAAGGUUAUGGGUCGA